AUGGCCUCCCUCUCGAACCCCCAAAUGCUGAUGGCCGCGGCUGCACUCUUCGGAGCCACUGGGGCCUACCUUGAUGCCAGGUACGGCGUGAGUUACGACCUUCGAAAGCUGUCCCAAAUCCGAACAUCUCGAAAACGGGUCGGGGAACGCAUCCGCGAGCUUGGGGGUGAAGCGACGCUCUAUCGACUGUUAGAGUUGGCGGAUCAGGGGGCCGAGGCGUUGUGGUUUGAAGGUCGAAGCCUCACUUACGGGGAGAUGAAAAUAAACGUCGAUCAACUCGCAGAAUUUCUCCGCAGGCAUGGCGUGCAGGCUGGCCAUGUGGUGGGCGUCUUCUGCACCAAUUCCCCCGAGAUGGCGUUCGCCAUCUACGCCCUUGGCAAGCUGGGCGCCGUGGCAGCGCUGCUGAACAGCGCUCUUCGCAAUGAGACACUCAAACACUGCAUCGGUAUCUCAGAGGCGCAACUCGUCGUUGCGACUCCAGACCUUGUCGAGUUCGUACCGAGCAGCACGGGAGUCCGAGAGCUGAGACGGUUUAACCUCAAUCUCGGACCAGGCUCAACGAUUAUCACGAUCGGGCCCAAUGAACUCUCUCCCCUGUCUCCGGAUCCCCAAUUCCCACGGCCGGUAAGGACAGCAAAGGAUGUUUGGAUACUCAUCUUCACCUCCGGAACCACGGAACUCGCUGAGAGCAAUGCAACCCGCUUGCUCUACGUGGGUGAACUCCUGCGGUACGCGUUGAGCGCACCGCCUUCUUCUUAUGAUAAAAAACACAACUGUAUCGUAGCCACCGGAAACGGCCUGCAAGCAGACGUCUGGGAGCGAUUCCAGGAGAGAUUCGGGAUCCCUGAAAUCAGAGAGAUCUACAGGAGUACGGAAAGCGUGUCGGGCUUCGACAACAUGUGUGGCGGUGCCAUCGGCGUGGGGAAAGUUGGCUUUUCCGGUCCUCUCGGACGUUUUCUUGAAGAUACGAUGUUUUUGGUGAAGUAUGACCAGGAAACACAGACGUUGUACCGGCACCCGAAAACGGGCUUUUGCAUCCCGGUCCCGGACGGCGAGCCUGGGGAGGCGAUUGGCAGGGUCACGAUGAUGGAUUUUUAUUCGGACUAUUAUAAGGAUUCGUCGGCAACUUCUGGUAAAUUGGCGAAAGAUGUGUUCAAGAAAGGAGACCUGUUCCAGCGCACUGGAGACCUGCUUGUAAGGGAGAGUGAUGGCUGGGUGAGAUUUCAUGAAAGGACGGGUGAUACAUUUAGAUGGAGGGGGGAGAACGUGAGUUCGGCGGAGGUGAAGGCGUUUAUGGUGCAGCUGCCAAACGUCCACGACAUCGUUGUUUAUGGGACGAAAGUACCCGGGUACGACGGCCAAGUCGGCACUGCAGGCAUCACGCUCCUGCACCCCUCAUCCGCAGCCGAAACCACAUACCUAUCAACCCUUUAUCCUCAUCUGCGAGAAUGCGGACUACCAGACUACGCAAUUCCGAGGUUGGUUAGGUUUACGAAGCAGAUCGACAUUGGGAUCACGUUCAAGCAUGCAAAAGAUGUUUUGAAAACGAGGGACUGGAAACUGAAGGAUGGCGAUGAUGCAGAUCAUUUGUACUGGCUUGAUGGGGAGCAGUACCGGAUGCUGGAUGAGGCUGCUUGGAAUCAGAUCUUCUCGACUGCUCGAGCAAAACUAUAA